AUGAGGAAUGCGGUGGUGGUAGCGGCAGCCGUGGGGACCGCGGUGGCAGUGGUGGCGGCAGGGGCAUUAAUUAAAAGAUGGAAGCUUAUGAAAGAGCAAAGAUUGAAGCAUGCAAGGAACAUAAUUCGGAGGUUCGCAAGGGAAUGUGGCACCCCAGUGUCAAAGCUAUGGCAAGUUGCUGAUGAUUUGGUCUCUCACAUGAAAGCUUCUCUUGCUUCUCCUUCUUCAGAUGAAUCCUCAUCAUUGUCCACACUUAACAUGAUCAUUUCUAAUGUUACGUCCCUUCCUAAUGGAGAUGAAGAAGGAUUCUUUUAUGGGGUGAAUUUGCAUGGGACAAACUUGUUGUUCUUGUGUGCGCGCCUUGGUGGAAAGAACAAACCUAUAUCUGAUCUUCAAAGGGAAGAGGUUUCCAUCCCUCCACAUGUCUUGGCUGGUUCUUCCAUGGAAAUAACUGACUUUGUGGUUACGGAGAUAGCAAACUUUGUGUCAUCUCACCCUGUGAUUGAUGAGGAUGAUAACUCAAAAAGGAAAAUGAAUUUGGGCUUCACUUUAUCUUUUCCAGUUGAUGAUGCUCUUCCUUUCACCGGCACUACAUUUCAAAGAAAAAACUCCAAUGACCCGGUUCGCAAAGGAUUGAUGAAAGAUCUUAAUAAAGCGCUAAAGAAUCUUGGGACCAAAAUGCAUGUUUUUGCACUGGUUGAUGAAACAAUUGGAGGUUUGGCCGGAGGUCGAUAUUACAACAGGGACAGCGUGGCUGCAAUUACUCUAGCUAUGAGAACAAAUGCUGCUUAUACAGAACCAUCUGAGGAUCCUAAUUCUCCUGAGCUGGUAAUUAGCAUGGAGUGGGGAAACUUCAGAUCCCCUCAUCUUCCAUUGACAUCAUUCGACACUAGAUUAGAUUCAGAAAGCUCAAAUCCUGGUAGCGGGGUCUUUGAGAAGCUGAUUUCAGGAAUGUAUCUGGGAGAAAUUGUGAGACUGGUCUUGUUGAAGCUGGCUCACGAAACAGCUCUAUUCGGUAGUAAGGUGCCUCCAAAAUUGAUGAUUCCCUAUGGACUAAGUUCUCCUGAUAUGGCUGCUAUGCAUCAAGACACAUCAGAAGAUCGUGAAGUAGUGGGUGAGAAGCUCAAUGAAAUUUUUGGGAUAAAUAACAGCAGCCUUGUAGCACGUGAACUGGUUGCUGAGGUAUGUGAUAUAGUGACAGAACGAGGUGCCCGCCUAGCCGGAGCAGGAAUCGUUGGAAUAAUCAAGAAGCUUGACAGGAUAGAGAAACGAAAGAGUGUUGUGACUGUGGAAGGAGGUCUUUAUGAACACUACCGAAUCUUCAGGAACUACCUUCAUAGCAGUGUGUGGCAAAUGUUGGGCAAGGAUUUCUCAGAUAAUGUAAUUGUGGAACACUCACAUGGCGGCACUGGAACUGGAGCUUUAUUUCUUGCUGCAGCUCAAACUCAUAAAUCUCCUUCGCCAGAUUCUUGA